GAAGACAUUGCAUGUAGCAAUGUACUCAUGGUUUGCUCUUGGACACCUUACAUCAUUCCUACAAUUAGCCAAUAAACUAGCUGAGAGAGGUCACAAAAUAUCUUUCUUCCUCCCUACUAAAACCCAAUCCAAACUAACCCCUCACAAUCACCACCCCCAUCUUAUCACCUUCAUUCCGAUCAAGGUUCCUGCUGUUAUUGGUCUACCGUGUGGGGCCGAGACAGCUGCUAACGUACCCUAUGAGGACAGGUCUAUGAUCAUGUCAGCUAUGGACUUGACCAAAGAUACCAUUGACUCCUUGCUUUCUCAACUCAAACCUGAUUUAGUCUUCUUUGACUUUACCGAGUGGCUACCCGCCCUGGCCCGUAAACACGGGGCUAAGUCUGUUUACUAUAUAUGCAACAGUACUCGCAGUUGGUGGGGCUUAUUUACUGCCCCGAGCUAGGGCAUCGAGUCAACCAGGAAGCAAAGACUUGACUCGGUCACCACCUGGGUUUCCGUCCUCCAAGUCAAUGAUCACAUUGCGAGACUAUGAGGCUCGCGAUGUUGAGUAUGCUUUAACCCAAAUGGAAUUUGGAGGAAAAGGAAACACAGUACUAAAAAGGAAUGCCGUUUCUUUAGAAGCAUGUGAUGCCAUUGCAGUCAAGAGUUGUAGAGAGAUGGAGGGGGUUUACAUUGAUUUCAUUCACACGGUGUAUAAAAAGCCCGUGCUAUUGGCCGGGCCAGUCAAGCCCGAACCACCAGCAGCUAAGUUGGAUGAUCAUUUAGUUCGAUGGUUGGGAGGUUUUCACAAGGCUGCUGUUAUCUAUUGUGCACUUGGGAGUGAAUGCUUUCUCAGUAUUCACCGCUUUCAAGAGCUGCUUCUUGGUCUUGAACUCACAGGCAUGCCAUUUUUUGCCGCCCUGAAACCACCGAGUGGUUACGAAACAAUCGAGUCUGCUUUACCACAAGGAUUUAAAGAGAGAACAAAGGGAAGAGGAGUUGUUGAUGGGGGUUGGGUGCAGCAACAACUAGUCCUACAACAUCCAUCAGUUGGAUGCUUUGUGACUCAUUGCGGCGCCGGGUCCAUAUCGGAAGCUAUGGUCAAUGAUUGUCAAUUGAUAUUAUCACCUCAGGUUACCGAUCAAUUCAUUAAUGCCAGGAUGAUGAGUUUGGACUUGAAAGUUGGGAUUCAAGUUGAGAAAGGAGAGGAUGGUUUUGUCUCCAAACAUGGAAUUUGUAAGGCAAUUAAGGAGAUGAUGGACCCCAACAGUCAAGUGGGAACGGAAACAAGAAACAACCGUGCGAAAUGGAGAGAAUUCUUAUUGACAAAAGGGCUUGAAGAGGCUUACAUAAGUGGCUUUAUUGAGGAUCUACGAAGUUUGGUUGGAUGAAUUUGUAAUUUUGAGAGGAAAAUGAACAAAAUCAACAACAGGGGAAUCACAAACACCAUAGUGUGUUUUCAAGUAGAUUGAUAAAAAUUUAUUUAUUAUUCAGAGAAUUCAAGCUAGGUCUAUGUAACUUAAUAUACUAGUAGUUAAUUAAACCUAGAAAAGUUCCUCUUAAAAAUACCAUUUUUUUUCAAGUAUUGACUAUGCAGUAUAGUCGUACAAAUCUUUCG